AUGUUGCACCGCAAAUCCACCCUGACGGCGGCGAUAUUGCUGUUGCUCUCCACCAACGGCGCUGCCAAGGCACCCAGCGCGAAGACAAUCCGCUGGGUUGACUGCUCCGAAAAUGUUCCUUCGACCCUUGAUCUUACUGGUGUCAAUCUUAAUGAUCUCCCCACCACUCUCCACUGCGGCCAGAUCAAUGUCCCUAUGGAUUAUUCCAGGCCCCUAUCCCCUAAUAAUGUUGUCACGCUUAACUUGGCCAUGUAUCGUCCGGUUAAGCCGAUGGGCGUGCUAUUUGUUAAUCCCGGAGGUAGCGACCCGGUAGCAGUGGAAGCAUGGCAGGUUGCACUGGGUCAGACCUCGGCAUUCUCAGGUCUCACAGACUACGAUUUGAUGAUGAUGGACGUCCGGGGCACUUACGGUUCAACUCCACUGAAUGUCUCCCUCGAAGUAUUUGGCGGUUAUCCCUCUGCAUACCCUCAAAACGAGUCUCAGUUCGAAGUUUUUCGACAAGCUUCAGCCAAGAUGUUUCAGUCUUGGAUCCAGUCAAGUCACCCGCCUGGUAUCAUCCAGUUCGUUGGGACGAAAGAAGUCGUGCAGGAUUACGAAGAAAUCCGCAAAGCUCUUGGAUAUAAGAAGGUCCAUUUUCUUGGGGAGUCGUAUGGCUCCUUCAGAGCUCAACACUAUGCCCACGCAUUUCCAGAAAGGGUCGGCCACUUUGUUCUCGAUGCUAUUGUGCCCUGUGGACGCGGCUCAUUCGACGAAGCACAAGACCAUGUCGACGCUAUCAACCGAGCAAUGUUGCGGGCAGAUGCAUAUUGUCAGGCCGAACCUUCAUGCCACUUUCGAAAUCAAGGCAUAGGGAGCGUGCUCAAGGUCUUCCAAACGAUCCUAAAAAAUGUCGACCAGGUUGUAAAGUCGUGCGCAAAAAAUAAUGCCUGCUCCGAUCCAGUCACCGUACCAAUGAUCCAGCAGGCUAUGCUCUCGAGCCUCCAGGGUCAACCCAAUUUUCCCCAUAUCAUAAAGGCCUUAGAAGGUGCGGUACAUGGCAAUUACAGCUAUUUAGUUGGAAAUCAGCAAGCCACUACCGUCGAAUCGGUCGUGGCCUUACCGCUCGAAUGCGGUGAUGGUGGUAAUUAUAAUCCGAAAGAUUCCUUCGCAUUGAGCUGA